AGCGGAUUUGGGGGGACGUGACUCUUCGCCCUGAGUCCGUCUCUGGCAGGAGUCAAGCAAAGUUUGCCACACUUGCGCCGACCUCAGCACUGCGUCCACCAUGGAAUCAAGGAGCUUCAGAGACUGUCAGGCGUGGAGGGCCGAGGGUCUUCCUCUGUCCACCACCAGCAACGAGGCUUGCAAGCUGUAUGACGCCAUCCUCCACCAGCUGCUGCAAUGGCGCAAUGACGAAACCUUGGGCGGGUUCGAAGGAUGCAUGACCGCCAUCAAGGCCACCGACCCCAACUUUGUUUUGGGCAAUGUGAUCAGCACCGGCCUGGAACUGAUCGGAACAGCGACGUGCGCUCGUAUAAACCCACGUCUGGCGGAGGACGUGAAGCGUACGGUGGCCUUGGCCAAAAGCCAGGACAUCACUCCCAGAGAGAGGCUUCAUGUCGAUGCGAUGGAGCUUUUCUCUCAAGGUAACUUCACCAGAGCCUGUGCCGUGUGGGAAGACAUCCUGGUGGAUCACCCCACUGACCUGCUGGCCCUCAAGUUUGCUCACGACGGCUACUUCUACAUGGGAUCCCAGGUUCCCAUGAGGGACUCUGUGGCGCGAGUGCUGCCUUACUGGAAGCCACACAUGCCUCUGGCAGGCUAUCUGAAUGGGCUUUAUUCCUUCGGCCUCCUGGAGACUCGCCUCUACGACCAGGCGGAGAAAGUGGCGAUGGAGGGCCUGGCUCUGACUCGGGAUGACGCCUGGUCGGUCCACUCGGUUGCGCAUGUUUGUGAGAUGAAAGCUGAAGUGGACAAAGGCUUGAAGUUCAUGGAGAGUCGAGAGAAUGACUGGCAGGGCUCCGACAUCCUGGCCAGUCACAACUACUGGCACUGGGCUCUGUACUUCGUGGAGAAGGGCGACUACGAAGCCGCUCUGCAAAUAUUCGACUCACAAAUUUUCAGACGCUGCAAGAUGACAGGAUCCAUGCUGGACACCGUCGAUGCCUCUUCGCUGCUCUACAGACUGGAGAUGGAGGGUGUCUGCGUGAAGGAUCGGUACCGCGAGCUCUUCCAGGUGACAAAGCCUCACAGCGACGAUCACGUGACCAUCUUCAACGACCUCCACUUCCUCAUGGUGUCCCUCGGCGCCAAGGAGAAGGACAACACCCGUCAUCUGGUGGAGGGUCUGCGGGACUUGGCCAACGACCCGGGCGACAACGAGCAGCAUCAGCUGGCUGGGACUGUGGGUGUGUCCAUGUGCAAGGCCAUGAUGGAGUACGAGGACGGGAACUACAGCGACGCCGUCGACCUGCUGUUCCCCAUGCGCUACAAACUGCUGGGCAUGGGGGGCAGUGACGCGCAGAGAGACGUCUUCAACCUGCUCCUGAUUCACGCCGCCAUGAAGUCGGAGAAUAAGCACCACAAGAAGCUGGGAAGAUGCCUUCUGGUGGAGCGAGACGCCUGGAGGCCCAACUCUCCGAUGACAAGCCGCAUGAUGCAGCGCGCCCUGGCGCUCCACGUGUAGAAGGUGCGACAUGAGGCGUCGCCUGCAGCUGCCUCUGUCCGGAUCAUUUGGCUGAGGCUUCGACAAAGUGAAUCAAAUUCCGCCAAGAAGGCCAUAAGGACCUUCAUCAGGGCGCGAGGAGCCACAAUCAUAACUUGCUUUAUAGGCUGCCCCCUACUGGAUGGGAGUGGAAAACCACCUGAAGAAGGCGACCUCUGAACAAUGUAACUGUUCGCGUAAACUGCACUUAAAUUUCAUGAAGAUUGUAUAUUCUUGGAUUUUAAAUGUGAAUCUUUGACGCCUUACUCUUGUCCUGCGCUAACUGCAACGAUCAUGGCUACAAAUACUGGACAUUCAUAACAAACGCAUGUGUUUUUCAAUAAAUAAAUAUAUUCACUCCGACUCCGAGCAUGA